AUGGCGGAUAAACUCCCCGCUAUCGAGGAAUGGCCGGACUACAGUGUCCAGCCUCUCGGAGCGGACCCCAUGCUCUUGGAUGUUAAUUCCCCAUAUAACAAGGGCGAUCUCUGUUUUCUCACCAUCUCCGCCAUGCUCUGCUGGCAAAUUACCCCAGCCAUUGGCUUCCUCUACGCCGGCAUGCAUCGCCGCAAGUCCGCCUUGACCAUGGUCUUCCAGUCUCUAUUCUGCGCCUGUGCCGUGGCGAUCCAGUUCUGGUUGUACGGCUACUCUCUCUACGAGGCCCAUACCACCAAUCCUAUCCUUGGCGACCUAUCCAAGGGCGUCUUGCACAACGUCCUUGCCUACCCCAGCUUGGCUAACUCGGAUGUCCCCGAUAUUCUCUACGCCACCUUCGGCGUCACAUUCGUGACGUGCACCGCCAUGAUCUUGGCUGGCGCUAUGCUGGAGCGCGGUAGGCUAUUGCCGAGUACCAUUUUUAUCCUUUGCUGGACGACGUUUGUAUAUUACUUCCUUGCGUACUGGGAGUGGAACCCUUCCGGCUGGCUUUUCAAACUCGGCGUGCUAGAUUUUGCCGGUUCGGGCCCCGUCCAUAUCGCUAGCGGCUUUGGCGCACUUGCUUGGUCGUUCAUGCUCGGCAAGCGUAGGGACCCCUUCGGAGAGAGUCAUCACCCUAAGCUUCCUCACUUCAAGCCUCACAACCCCUUCCUCGUGGGCAUUGGUACUGUCUUUGUCUGGUUUGGUUGGUUUGCUUUCAAUGGUGCCAGCACUGGAAACUUGAGCAUCCGAAGCAUCUACGCCGUAAUGAACACCAACCUCUCCGCUAGCGGUGGCGGUAUCACCUGGGUCCUCCUAGAGUAUGCCCACACACGGAAAUGCAGCAUUAUUGGGUUCUGUUCGGGCAUCAUAUCUGGCUUGGUCGGCAUCACCCCAGCAGCUGGUUUUGUGCCAGUAUAUACCUCUACCCUCAUCGGCUGCCUCACCGCCAUUGGCAGCUUUUAUUGCAAUAAAUACAAGUACCUCAUCUCCAUCGACGAAGGUCUCGAUAUCUUUGCUCUCCACGGCAUGGGCGGCGUGUUCGGUGAUAUCCUCACGGGCUUUUUCGCCGCGCCGUUCGUGAAUGCUCUCGACGGCAUCACCACCACCAAUGAGGGAGGCUGGUAUGUUCGCAACUUCAAGCAGAUGGGCUACCAGCUCGCCGGUGCCCUUACCUGCGCUGCCUGGAGCUUUUUCGUUAGCUGCAUACUGCUUUUCGUCAUCAACAAGAUCCCCGGCCUUCACCUCCGCGUGCGCGAAGAGGAAGAGCUACAGGGCUUGGAUCAAAAGUAUUUCUCGGAUUGGGAGGCGGACGGGUUCGGAAGCCCUACUCAGGGCACUAUCUCUGGCCGGUUGAUUGGCCCUGAAUCACAUGCCGCGACUCGCGUAGUCACACCUACCGACGAGCCUAAGCAGGACUAG